AAUUCACUGCUCGUUGAAAUUCCUCCGUAUCGAAACCAAAGACUCUCCACUCCGGUCCACGUGAACUUCUACGUCUGCAACGGCAAGAGGAAAAGAAGCCAGUACCAGCGCUUCACCUACGUCCCUGCUAAUGUUCCCACAAUAAAGACGGAGCCACAUGACGACUUUGACGCCCCUCUGGUGUGCGGCCAGCACGCCCCCGGCCUGUCCUUGCUCCAAAAGCCAUACUUCUCCCCUCAGGUCGUGACCCCGAUGGUGCCCUCGGACCCCAGGCCAUGUGUGGUGGGCGGAGCUUACUCUCUCAGCCAGCAAAGAUUGGCAGCCAAGCCUUCACCGCUGCCCUCCCCGUCCUCUCCUAGCACCAGCCCCAAACUGCACGACCUGUCUCCGCCUCUCUUCACAAAGUGCCUCCCUGCGGCCCCUGCGAUCCAACCGUCCCCGAUCCCGCACGUCUCCAUCAUCCAGGAGACACCCGGGCGCUUCCAGCCGCCAAGCCUCUACCCACCCAGCAGCUCCUCCUCCUGCUCCUCCCCGGCCUCACCCUCAACUCCAACUGACGCCCCCUUUUCCCCGCCGCUCAGCAUGACAGCAGCGCCGCCUGUUAGCAUUAGCACCAGCCCAGGAGCUCAGCAGCACCCCAAGGCGUCAGAGAGUGGGCGGGAUGACCUGCAGGAGGAAGGCAGCCCCCCUGCUUUGGCUGUCAGCAUCAAACAAGAACCACAGGAGCUGGACCAGAUGUACCUGGAUGAUGUCAAUGAGAUCAUCAGGAACGACCUGUCCAGCAUCUCCGUCCACAGCCACGCGUAGCUUCCUGUCGCAUUUGAAAACUGUCACAGGAAACAAGAAGAAAGGGAAACACCAGACUGAAAUAGACUUUAUGCUUUUCAUGCUUGGACUACAGCAUGCAGGAAGCGGCAAAAAGGAAAUGCAAGGAGAACAAAUGUAAAUCUAUCGUGCAGAUGACCAGGGUCCAACACGUGCCUUGUUUUUCUUAUAUAAUGCAUUUAGAAAUGAAUUAUACGACAAAUACAUCCAACUAAGACUGCCUUUUUUGAAUACAUGUAAAUUGAUUAUGUAGCAACCAAAACUGCCAUCCCAACCCCACACAGCAAAGUAUGCUUUUAGAGGACCAAACAUAAUUUUGUAUGUCUCUUUUUUUGUGCUGCGAUUGUAAAUUGAUUCAGUGCCUUUGAGUUAUGUGAUUUGUAUAUACAGUAUGUGUAGUGCUUUAGUUUGCAUAUCUGACUUCAGAGAGAGAGAGAAUGAGAAGAGAAGUGCCUUUUUAACUGGAAACAGAAAAUUGUGGCCUGCACAUUUUCAUGUUCAAAAUGAACUAUGAAAGUUUUUUUUGAAGUUACACAAAUAUAUAUAUAUAUUUUUUGUUACAUGUAUCUAAUAUGGGGAAAUGUUAUGACAAGUACCAAUAGCACAAAUGGAGUAUUGUCACAGGGACGGCACGGCUUAAACAGUAAAUGAUUGUCAUUCUAAUAACGGCUAAAAGUAGCUACAAAAUGCUAAUGGUCAUACCUGAACAACUAUCAAUCAAUACAUCUUUUUUUAUUCAUAUAGCGCUGAAUCACAACAAAAGUCAUAUAAACUUUGAACAUCCAGAGCAGGUCGAGAUUGAACAUUUUGAAGUAUCAUUUACUUAGACCCAAUAAUCCACCAUAACUAAGCACCUAGCAACAGUGGAGUAGAAAACAACAACAUGUAGAAAACUCGAGCAGGACCAGACUAGCAUGUGGACAGCCAUCUAUCUUGAUGCUAUAGCAACGACCCCCCCCCUUCCCCCAGCUCAUAUAAUAUUUGGUUAGACAUUUUUUAUUGACAUUUGUUCGUGCAAUUAUAUAUUGAAUAUUUGAAUAAAUUUUCUGUAUUCACUACCAACAAUAAGCACUUAACCACUUAACCUGUGGUGUUACUUCGGGCUGUUUUAUUGAGACAACAUGUCACCAUCACUUGAAGUUACAGAACAACGCCAAAACGUUUCCGAUGAUGUUUGCCAAACCUUGGAGUUUGCGUUUACAGUUUUUAAAAAGUCACAGAUUGAUAAGUCAUUUUGGGUCACUUUUAGAAUAAAAUAUCUCCGUCCAUAUAACGUGUUUACAGACUUGAAAUUAACCUUAACUUUGGAGUUAACUGCUGGCUACAGUUAUUCUGUCUUGACUUGUAUCUAAAGAAGAAAUCAUCUCGGGUUUGUCAAAGCAUGACUUUUCCCUGGAAGCUAUGCAAUGAGCAGUUAGCAUUAGCCUCUCAAAGAAUGUAAACAAUCACCGAUACAACAUAAAAACGUCUCUAAUCCAAAGAACAGCGGUGAACAGCAAUACAGAAAUAUAAGUUCUUUCAUGUUUUUUGUAUUUUCAUAUUUAUUCUCUUAGCAUGUGCUCUGUUUAUUCAUGUUUAUCAUAAAAACAUCUUUUACAUGCUUACCUACAUACUGUGGUUUAUCUACUCAUUUGUUUAUUAUAGAAAAACGGAAUGAGCUUUCACACUUGUUCCCAGUUUUUAUAUGUAUUUAUGAGUCUUAAUCUUUGUAACUGAAGGCCUAAAAGAAGCCAUACGGAAAUGUUUACCGUGGAGAUAUUGUUAGACUACACAGCUCAUUACGUGUGCUUUGUGACCUAUUUUGUGUAUUUGUCAAUAAAUGCGUCUUCAUCUCUCAUGUUAA